CGUCACUCUAGCAGGACUAGCUGACCAGCGCUUGAAAGAAACUGUGGAGUCACCGUGUGUGACAGGUCUAAAACUAUAUAAUCAGCACAUAUACAUUUACACACGGGUCUUAAUAGCGGUACCUGCUUUCACUUCUUUCAUCAUGUCUAUUAUGUCAUAUAAUGGAGGUGCCGUCAUGGCGAUGCGUGGAAAGGACUGUGUGGCAAUAGCAUCAGACCGGAGGUUUGGUAUCCAAGCACAGCUGGUUACCACCGACUUUCAGAAAAUUUUCCCCAUGGGAGACAGACUCUACAUUGGGCUGGCAGGCCUGGCCACAGAUGUACAGACCGUAUCUCAAAGGCUGAAGUUCCGCUUGAACCUGUAUGAGCUGAAGGAAGGUCGGCAGAUCAAGCCAAAGACCUUCAUGAGCAUGGUGUCCAACCUUCUGUACGAGAGGAGGUUUGGGCCUUACUACAUUGAGCCUGUGAUUGCUGGUUUGGACCCAAAGACCUCUGAACCCUUCAUCUGCUCCCUUGAUCUUAUUGGAUGCCCAAUGGUAACAGAAGAUUUUGUUGUUAGCGGGACUUGCUCAGAGCAGAUGUACGGUAUGUGUGAGUCGCUAUGGGAACCUGACAUGGAACCAGAUGAUUUGUUCGAGACCAUCUCGCAGGCCAUGCUGAAUGCCGUUGACAGAGAUGCAGUGUCUGGAAUGGGAGUCGUUGUUCAUGUUAUUGAGAAGGAUAAGAUCACCACACGCACCCUAAAGGCCAGAAUGGACUAGAGAAAACAACAGAAUGUCUUCUACAACCUCCUUUUUUUACUGAAAUAGAAUUUGCCUCUUGUCCCAUUUGAUAUCAUUAAGAUUGAGUAGUUCAAUAAAAGUUUCUGACAAUUACUUGUCCUUUCUAGUUUUUGGAAGGAGAUGUUUGUACAAGAUUAUUUGUGUGGCAUAAUUCCAUGAGAUUUUGAAGUUUUAGGAAGGUUGAGGUCAUUCAUUUCAAAUUAUUGGAAUGGAUUUUCCAAGUAAAUGGGUAUUGUAAAAUUGCUUUUAGUCAGCAUAAAUAAUGCCAAUCAAUGGCAAAAAAAUAAGCCUCUAAAACUAACAGCAUUGUUUGUUGCAAUGCAUUGUGGCAACGCACAAAUCAGGGACAUUGUUCAAUACAAUAUUGUUUGUUCAGACAACUCUGGGCUAGUUAGGGCUACAUUUGGGUAAAUAUUGUUGUUUGUUGAUGCAAAGUAAUUCACCUUUCAUAGUAUCAGUGACAAAAAAAAAUA